UUUAAUUUUAGGAUGAACUUUUCGCUGUAUUCUACUUGUUAGCUUCAUAAAGCAUAACUUUCUUUGAUGCUGUAAAUACCAACCUAUUAGUAAACGCGCACACUUCUCUGUUGGUAAAAAUUUGUUGUCGUGUAGUUAUUUUUUUGCUGUGAUUAUAGUGUCUUAGAAAUACUGAUAGGAAUAUAAUAUAAAAAGCUACAAUCAUGCAGAAACUGAGUGCAUUUUUGGUUGUACUAUCAAUACAAUUGUCACUUGCUGAUUGGGAAGAAAGUUUGUAUGGUGUGAACAUCACUCUCAAGCAAACGUCAGGAAGCCUCCGCAUAACAAAUGGUAUAAAUAAUCUCCGCAUAAAUUUUAAGGAAAUGAUCGAGCUAAACGAAGCAGGUAGGCCUAUGGAUACGUCAAAUGGUGUCGAGCGCAAUUUCAGAGGAUUUGAGCUACAAAGAUUUGAUUCGUCGGCGACAGAGUACAUAGAUGUAAUUGGAACGCCAAUAAACAUUACAGCUGCAAGGGCGAAUUUCAGUACGACUUUGGUUGGUCCUGCUGCUAAGUUAACGCUUCAUAUUUCUGUACUGGACAACGAAACCUUAAUACCGGAUGGUGAUUUGAACAAUACGUUUGUUGUUCAUCAUGGUACCGUAAAGUUUGGCUUUACCAUUAGUGACUGGCCGUUCUGCGGUGUGCAUAAACUACCGUGUAACAAUGGGGAAAUUGGAAAGUAUCUCGAUGUGACGGUUGCACUAAACAGUUGGAAUGUUGAAGCCAGUCGUUUUGGUUUCGAUAGGUCGAGAGGUGCAUCAGGUUUUAAAGCUGAAACGUAUGAUUAUGGUGGAGCUGAUGUAACAUUCUCACACAUGAUGAGCUAUGAUCCGGUAAAUUGUAUUCCGAUUUCUAUAAAAUGUGUUUCGACUUAGAUGGACUGUGAUCCGACGUAGAAGAAUGACUCGUCAAAUUUUCAAAGUGUUGGAAGUCUUUUGUAGAAACUGUCAAUUUUUGUUGUUGACAUACAGAAAAGGAGGAAAGGGACAAUUGAUAAAAUGUCAUUUUCAUAAGAUAAUAAAAGACAAUACUGCUAUCAAAGGGGUGUGUCCCAGUUGUGGAACAGUUUGGGGAAGACAAAAGCUUAUAAAACAGAAGCCAGCGCUCAAGAUCAUUGGUGAUAAAGUUUAUUGGAAAUGAGUAUGUUAUAAUUUAGUGAAAUGUUGGCCAACACGUUAUUUGCAUCCAGUGAACUGUGGAAAAAUGUUUUAUCCAAUACGUGUAGACAAAUGUGGACAAUUGUUUUAUUUCCAUCCAGUGAACUGUGGACUAUUGUGUUAUUUCCAUCCAAUGAACUGUGGACAAUUUUGUUAUUCCCAUUCAGUGAAAUGUGGACAAAUGUUUUAUUUCCAUCUAGUCAACUGUGGACUAUUGUGUUAUUUCAAUCCUACGAACUGUAAAGAUAUGUUUCCUAAUAAACGAGUGCACUGUUACAAGAUGUUAUUUCUGUUCAGUAAAUUGUAGCCAGGUGUGUUAUUUCAAUCCAGUGAACUGUGGUUAUUUUAUUUUGUUUAGCAGGUGAAGUGUACCUAGUCAUGGUAAGAAAUGAAGACAGGAUUCUCGAUUUUUUUUAAAAAAAAUUUUUAAAAAGAUUUUUCCACAAGGAAAACACUUUCGGUGUAACGUACCAUGAAAUUGGAAUAUUUGCUGAUAACAAAAUCUUCUCUAAGUGACAAGUAAUUUGUUCCCCUUUUUUCUAUAAAAUCUUUGACAUGCUUUUGAGGUGCUCUAUACUUUGUAGGCAGCUUGUGUUAAAGCUUGUGAAAUAUAUAUUCUGUAUUAUACGCAUGAUUUGUAUGAGACAGUCUCGCUUUAUUUUAAUAUUUUUUCGCGAAAAUUAUUUUGGAGAGUUCUUUCAUGGCCACUCCCAGUUUCUUUAUCAGACAGAAACUUCGUGAAUUCUAAUUUUUUAUGGACGCUUUUUCUCACCCAUUCACGUCACGUGGAGCCGUCAAAAAAAUUGGGCCGAUGAGUAAUUUGGACCAUUUUCAAACUUUGGUUGUUAAUUUAAAAUUUCCGAAAAAUCGUUGUUGCUUUUUGCAAUCCUGAGGAAAAUAAAAUUCUAAAUUUCGGUUUUGUCGGUUCUUAAUGUCAACACUUUCUUCAGAGUUUCGUCACGUUAGUUUAUCAAACAAAGCAAUUUGAUAAAGAUAAAAUUUUAUCCAGGUUUUUUAAGAAACAAUUCAACCUUACAAUUUUCAUUCUUUUUUCCCUCUUUUUUCCCACCUCUUUUGCCCCUUCUCAUGUCAACGAGGACACAAAUUAUGAUAUUUUCUUCAAUUUUUGAAGUUAAGUAUUACUUCCCAGUAAAGUAAAAAAUCACGUUAGUUUAUCAAACAAAGCAAUUUGAUAAAGAUAAAAUUUUAUCCAGGUUUUUUAAGAAACAAUUCAACCUUACAAUUUUCAUUCUUUUUUCCCACCUCUUUUGCCCCUUCUCAUGUCAACGAGGACACAAAUUAUGAUAUUUUCUUCAAUUUUUGAAGUUAAGUAUUACUUCCCAGUAAAGAAAAAAAUUACUGGAAAAGAACUGCCUUUAGGUGCAUAAAAUUUAGGGUGGAUUAAAUUUCGCGAAAUUAAAUCCACGCGAAAUUUGUGAAUUUUUCUAAGGGGUAUAGUAAAACAGACAAUUUUCAUCCAUAUCAAGAUUUGUAUCAUUUUCCAGAUCAGUGUUGAAAAUAUCCAGUUAAAGUUUUUACUUUUAUUUUAGAAUACUAUAUAUAUGUAAAAAAAUUAUUUUUAAUUUUUUAUUUAUUAAGUUGUAUUUCAACAAUGCAGGUUAGUUACAAAAAUAGUUGAGAAUAAGGAUACUCAAUGAUUUAUUUACCACAUUAUUCUCCGUUUUCAAGGUCUACUUCAAAUUUUAGAAUCUUCCAGCCUAAUUACGGAAAACUUAAAGCCGCAGGGCUUCUUGUUUUUUAUUUGAUAUUUUAUACGGAGCUGCAGCGUUUAUGUUAUCAAGGUCUAAACCACCUAAAACGUCUGCAUACGAGGUUGUUUUUGAUCCCGUUAAAGCUUAUUUCAGGGUUCGCAGUCUGUUUUAGCAAAAGCUUCUGGGGCCCAGACCCUGAUGCUGCGCAUCAUGACCUACUAAAAAAAUUUGCUAGAUCCGCCCCGCAAAAAUAAGUCCCUCAAAAUUUAAUCCAACCGUAAUUAAUCCUAUAAAGCAAUGCAAAAUGUUUUACUGACUUGAAACAUUCUGCAAUGUUUUUAUGGACUAAAAUAUUUACCGACUUUAAUUUUGCGGACUUUUGUCACGGAUAAGAUACUGGAUUUAUAUAGACGAAUCGUACAAUUGAGCGUGAUUAACUUUUACAUGAUUAAAAUUCCCUUUUGAACAAUUUUCAGUAGAGCGGCCCCCUUUACUUUAAACAAAUUUUGGGCCAACAUUUUCUUUUUGUUCUUCAAGAAUAAACUAUACCGAAAAAUUAUGGGUUAAGGAGUCUACUUCUACAUUAUUGGUAGGCCAUACUAUGUUAUAUUUGACGCAAACCGGCCAGGUAAACGUUGCGCAUUCGUUGUGCAUUCAAAUUAAGGUGUUUAAUACAUGAUGGUUACACCUGUGGAUCUCCUUGCAUACUUUGUUACUCAAAAAAAACUUUCUUUAUACAUAUUAUAUUCACAUUUUAAAACAUAAAUAUUAUGCUAUGAAUACAAAUAUGGAAAUAAAUAAGCAUGAAUAGACAGAAGAUAUAGUUUAUUAAAACUAGAAAUAGAAGUAGUAAAUGUCAUAUACGUUAAGACCACACAAAACCGAAACGGUUCGGAUAACAUGAUUUCUAGCUCCUGAACCUACAUUUGAAAUUA